ACGGCCGUUUCCUUCAGUUAGCUGACGUUAGCCGUGAGGAGGAGCUGUUCCCCAGCAGCACCACGACCACACGGACACUUACCGCGGCUGCUCACUGCUGAUGAGGCUGCUCUCAUGUCGACUAAAGGGCCAGUGGCGACGGACGAAGUUAAAACUCUAAUUUUUUAACUUUUCCUAAACUCUUCAGCGGUCACUUUUUUCAGCGACUGUAUUUGUUUUAAAGACCAAGACUUAACGCGCAGCAGCAACGCCCCGCGGCGGGACUUUGGAAAAGACAUGGACUAAAAGUUUACAAGAACUUUGUGUUUUACAACUUCACUCCAUUCUCUGAUUAAUUUGUGAGAAAUUAAGGCCUCACUAUGUCUGAUGGGGACUAUGAUUACCUCAUCAAAUUUCUAGCUCUCGGUGACUCUGGCGUGGGAAAAACAAGCUUCUUGUACCAGUACACAGAUGACAAGUUUAACUCCAAGUUCAUCACUACAGUUGGAAUAGACUUCAGAGAAAAACGAGUGCUGUACAAGUCAACGGGUCCAGAUGGCACAUCAGGCAAAGGCCAGAAGAUCCACAUGCAGUUGUGGGACACUGCAGGACAGGAGAGGUUUCGAAGUUUGACAACUGCUUUCUUCAGAGAUGCGAUGGGUUUCCUCCUCCUGUUCGACCUCACGAAUGAGCAAAGUUUCCUCAACGUCAGACACUGGAUGACUCAGCUACAGAUUCACGCAUACUGUGAAAAUCCAGACAUCGUUCUGUGUGGCAACAAAUGUGACCUGUCGGACCAGAGAGCAAUCAGUGAAGACCAGGCUCGUGAACUUGCUGAGAAGUAUGGAGUCCCGUAUUUUGAGACAAGUGCUGCAAACGGGCAUAAUGUGAGCAAGGCUGUGGAAGUCCUGCUGGAUCUUAUCAUGAAGAGGAUGGAGCGAUGUGUGGACAAGUCCUGGAUCCCCGACGGGACUGUCCGAGCUAAUGGACCCUCCAGCCCAGACAUCUCAGAGGGCUCCGACAGAAGCAGAUGUGCAUGUUAGAUUUAUUUUAAACAUCUGUGUCCAUAGUAUGGGUGGGAAACCAUGAAGAGGUAUAACAAGAUGGGAAUUUGUGUAUUAUAUUCUCUGUGAUCGUCAUUUGUGGCAUUUAACCCAGACACCAGCGUAUUACAGAUUUACUUCCAGUUUGUCAGUACUGACUUAAAUGCCUUUUGGAUUUGGGUAUUUAAUGUAAAUUUGUUUAAUGAGUCUUUAGAAUGAUGAAUUCAUUUUGGUUGUGAGUUUGGGAUAUUUAUUUCUUAUGAUUAAUAGCUUAAAUUUCCAGAUCAUAUAUUCAAUAUUUAUAAAACUCCUAUGUCUCGGUUUUAUAAAUAUACUUGCUUUAGAGAUAAAUUAGCUAUUUAUGUACAUUUAAGAACUUUAGGUUAUGUACUACUGAUGCUCUUCUGAAUGUUCAGCUGAAUGCUGUAGUCUCACCGGUGCCACAGCAAAAGAAAAUGUAGCUCACACUGACCAUCCAGUGUUAACUAGAUGGACAGUUAACACUCUUUAUUUUCUUUCCUUAAUCUUUGUGCUUGUUUGCCUGUAAAAUGAUGGAUCUCUGUUUCACUAAAUCAUCUAAACUUUAUUAUGUACAGUUAAUUCCUAUAAUUACUAAAAGCUGCAUUCAGUAGUUAGAAUGAAUAAAAUGAGGCAAAUAAAAACAGGACAGAAACUCAGGAAUGGGGAUCAUUCAGGUUAACUAUCCUGCAGCAUAAAAGCCAUGCAGAAAAUUUUAAAAUACAUCAAGCCUUUGUGCAUAUUUGGAAUUUUUUGAUCUUAACAUGUGACUUUUUUUUUUUUUUAAACUGAAAUAUCAGUGUGUGGACUUCCUGUGAUUUAGGUCAAUGAUUUAGGAAAAAAAUUAUCAUUACAAAUUAUUUUUGAGAGCUAACUUGGAGACUUAAAAUGACUAAAAUGGCCCCUGAUACCUCCUGAUUUAAAUAAAUGUAGAAGCCUAUUUCCCCAAUGAUAA